UUAGAAAAAGAUUUUGAUAUUUAAAUUUAUAUUUGGAAUAUAUAGGGUGGAAGAAAUUUUGAAAGAAAGUCCAUUGGAGCCUUGGAGGUCACCCAUGAGAGGAAUUGUUCUUUUUGUCUUUUUAAUUUUUUCUUUCUUGAAGAGCACGUAAGCCGCCUGAUUCUGCCGUUUGAGAACUCGCCAAGAGUUUAUUUUUUUUCUUUUCAUUUGUCUUCACUUAAGUGCCAAGUGCCAAGUGCCAAGUGCCAAGUGGUACGGUCCAAUGCUCUCAUCUGCAAACCCAGAAUCUCAGUACAUAUUGGGGGAGAAUCUUGGGCUGUGUUUUUGCUUUUCUUCACUUUCGCCGGUUCUGAACAAGCGAACCAAGGCGCGUCUCAGAUGCCGAGCUGCCUUCCCGGCCAAUGCUUGUCUCCGUUCUCAUCUUCUCUCAUCAAAAGCUCUAAAAAGAGGUCAGGUUCGGGCCAUUGAUCUCUGUUGUAUGGCGAAUCCAUCGGGCGAGGUCUCAACAGGGGUAUCCAUCACUCAUGUUAUCUUUGAUAUGGACGGUCUCUUACUGGAUACUGAGAGAUUCUAUACUCAAGUCCAAGAAAGUAUACUAGCUAGAUACAAUAAACCUUUUGACUGGUCUCUCAAGGCAAAAAUGAUGGGGUUGAAGGCAUUAGAAGCAGCAAAGGUGUUUGUUGAUGAGACAGGGAUAAGUUCUCUUACUCCGGAGCAGUUCCUUGAAGAAAGAGAGCAAAUGCUCGAAGGCUUGUUCCCUACUAGUGAGCUUAUGCCAGGAGCCGCCCGGCUGAUCAGACAUCUACACAAGAAUGGAAUACCUAUGUGUGUGGGAACAGGUUCUCAUGGAAGGCAUUUUGCAUUGAAAACUCAGAGUCAUGGUCAAAUUUUUUCAAUGAUGGACCAUGUGGUUCUUGGUGAUGACCCAGAAGUUAAGCAAGGCAAACCUUCUCCAGAUAUAUUCCUUGCUGCUUCCAAAAGAUUUGAGGGUGGUUCUGUGGAUCCUCAUAAGGUCCUUGUGUUUGAAGAUGCACCUACAGGAGUUGCUGCAGCUAAAAAUGCUGGGAUGUCUGUAGUUAUGGUCCCAGAUCCGAUGUUAGAUAGUUCUCACCAUAAAGCUGCUGACCAAGUUCUCAGCUCACUGCUGGAUUUCAAUCCUCGCGACUGGGGCCUGCCCCCAUUCCAAGAUUUUCCGGCCUAAUUUAACGCCACUAACUUAAUGUCUAGUGCUGCAGUAUAGAAUAUGUAGAAGUGACUGCCUGGUACAUCUGAUUUUUCAGAAACAUACAACCAGAUUUUUUUUUUACACUCCAGGUUGUCCACAUUAUUCAUUGGACUUUGUUGAGACUAUUCUGUAGUUUCCUGUAAUCUCAUUAGCAUCUACAUUUUUAAUUUCAUUUGGAGGACACAGCUUCCAGUUAACUUUGGAUUCUAUAAUUGCCAAGUAUUUGUAUGUGUCUGGUAACUAUGAGGAAGAAAGAUAUAAAACCUUUGAGAUCAA